CUGAACAGUAUACAAGAUGACAACAUUUACACAAGCAGCUUCAGAGAGAGAAAGAGAAAUUAGAGAAACAAGAAAGGCUCAAAUCAAACUUUCUAUCAGCAUGGCGGUGAAUUCUUAAUGAGAUGAUAAAUGAUCCCAUUGAUAGGCUCUGCCUUCCACCCACAGUCCAAAUACGUGCAAGUUAGGUUGAUUGGCGACUUUAAGUCGCCUGUAGGUGUGAAUGUGAGUGUGAACAGCUGCUUGCCCUGUGUUAGCUGGCACCAGCCCCCCUUCACCCACUGCAGGAUCAUAUUUGUUUUUUCCUGACUUUCAAUAAAACAUUUCAUUGCUUUAUUCUAUUUUUUCCCCAAGCAUUACUUAUCACAGUUUUAAUUGCUCAUAACAGUGUGCAAACAAAUCCUAAAUGUAGCUGCUCACGUCGCAGAAAUGUAAAAUUAACUUUUGAAUGUAUAGAACAUCCUGAAUUUUUUGGCUAGAGAAUCGUUUAAAGAUGCUCUGUGUUUCUCUCACCCAGUGGACGCAAUCCAUUGUGCAGUCCACUGUUUUUCAGUAGAGAACCAUGACCUCAUACUUGGAAGGCGCUGACUCUCAUCUCGGCAAUAAACUGUCCCAGUGUGUCCUGAAGCUUAUGAUCUGAAGCGAACAGAACCACAUCAUCUGCAAAAAGUGAUGUAAUAAUGCUGCAUUCAAAACACAAGUUUCAUUUACUACUUUUACCCCCUUCAAACUCUCAUCAUGACACGUUUGGGAAACCUCAAAUCAAACUUCAGUCUGGGAACUGUUGAGUUUCAGCAUGAAUACAGCAGCAGUUCCACAUGCUUACAGUUUAGUCAUAGAUUUUGUUUAUUACAAAGAUCCAUACAAUUACCACAAAUAACAGUAUUUUGUUUCCUCGAACAAAAAUGUGAAACAGGCUCACGUUUACUGGUGUUAUGACACAGCCGUUGUCGUGGUUACCCAGUGUUUUGGAUGGACAGUCCAGGUGAGAGCUGGCAGGUACAGGAGUUUAAAGUGAAGCAGAGUUUUUAGUGGAAGUCUGCGAACUGCUUCAAUGUGUCCGUCUCCAACACACCUGCUCACCUACAGUGAAAGUGGAGAAAAGUGGAGAAACUACACACUGAUGUGGGUCUCUUUGGUUGUUUAGCAACACCGGAUUUGUGAAAUGCAGAUUUGUCCCUGAUUGUUUUUUUUUCUUUCUUCCGUUGAAGAGUUGAUGCAGAUUAACAGGAAACUGAUGCAUGUUAACUCUUUGAAUAGUCACAGCAGACUGUUCUAACACAGAGGACGACACAUCAGACUGUGGUGCUGGGAGCUCACUGAGAGCCUGAUCUCUUGAACAACAGUUUUCAUUCUGAACAAUGGAAGGUUUCAGCAAUAUCAGCACCUCUCAGGACAAGAGCUACAACUACAGCAACACCACGUCCGACUGCCCCGUCCGUGACGGCGUCCUAUUAAUCGCAUAUGUGGUGACCUGCGUUAUUAUUUGCAUCGGCCUUCCUCUGACCCUCAUGGCCAUCUGUGCUGUUUUUUCUCUGGUGCGAAACAAUCACGUUGCUCCGAUCUACGUCAUCAACCUUCUCAUUUCCGACCUCAUUCAGUUCUGCUGCAUGAUUGUGAAGGUAUCUGCAUGUGAGGGUCGGACAUUUGACACUGCACUGGUUUACUUCUUUGGUCUGGUGGCCAGUGUUUGCUUCAUGGUGUGCAUCGCCCUGGAGAGGUAUUUGGUCAUCGCCUGCCCCCUGUGGUACCGCUUCAAACGACCCGUAAAGACCUCUGUGGUGGUCUGCGUCCUGGUCUGGGUCUUGACUCUUGUCUAUCUCAUCACUUUAGUUUUCUGCAGCCAUUAUAAGGUCUCAGGAACCAUCUUCGCUGCCAGCCUCCUCGUUCCCCUCCCACUCUUCUUUUGCUUCCUGGGUGGGACCCUCAAAGCCUUGUCUGCCAGCCGUGUCCCCUCUGAUGACAAACGACAGAUUGUGGGAAUUUUGGUUCUGGUGCUGCUCAUUUAUAUUUUGCUGUUCCUGCCCACAAGCAUUUGUUUGCUGACAACCAGAGCUGGAAAUAACUCAACCUUCAGAAUGCUGUCUUCCAUUUUUAUCAAGCUGAGUCCUCUUGCAGACUUGACUCUGUAUGUUUUCAUAAGGAGAGGGACCACAGACAAGCUUUUGGCGUCUGUGUGUCAUUGCAGGAUGGGCAGUAAUGAUAGCCGAUCAGAAGGAGAAACGUAUGCAAAUAGAAAGGAUGAUAGGAUUUAAGACACCAAACUGGAAAUGUUUUGGUAAACUUGUUCUGGCUUCAACCAAUGCAAAACACAAAUGAGUUUCAAGUUUGUAUCACUAAAGUCAGUGAGUCAAAUGCUGAAGUGAAAAGUUUCUCGCUUUUAAGCUUGAAAUAAAGGCAUGAGUCCGUUUUUAAGCAUCUUUUUGAUUUAUCAGUGGUCAUGCUCAGGCAAGAGAAUCUCUGAGGUGGAAAAAGGCUGUUUUUGUUUUGCUGUUCAUAUGAAACUUAGAUCUGAAUCAAGGAUAACAGCAAUACUCGGUAACCUCAGGUUUAAUCCAGAGAGCUAAUAUGUCCUCAAGAUUACUGUCAACCAACAGUUUAUCACAGAAAACCUCUCACUUUGAUCACGUGAAGAGCACAAACACGUCCUCAAAGACAUGUUGGUUUUCAGAUGUGUUGCUUAAUGUAAGAGUGGCAGCGCUGCAUGUGAAAGGAAGCACGCGGCUGCUAACCGCAGUGACUGAUGUCUAAUUAAAGCACACAAGAAAUAGAAACGUGAUUCUCUUGCACUUGUAAAUGCAACAAUCUUUAUUUACAACAUUUGAAGUCAGCACAGUUUUUGUACGUGUCGUGUGCUUUAGUACAGAGACAUCCCUUCAGACGGGUAGUAGAAAGGUAUGUCAUUCAUGCAGAAG